CUUUAAUGAAUGAAAAAUCUUUAAAUAUAAAUUAUAGAUUUGAAAUAAAAUCAUCUAAAUUUGGCAAUUAAUUUAUUUAAAAUAAAAAGUAGUAGUUUGUUAAUUUAUUAAAAAGAAGAUAGUUUGUUUUUUUUCAUUUAAAAACGAAUAGAAAGGAGAAAAUGGAAAAGUAAUUUGACGUUUUGAUAAAAAGAUUAAAUAACCUUGAGACAAUUUUAGGAGAAAAUUUGAAUAUUCAAAACGAGCAAAAUGGGGGAGAAAUUAUUAAUCCACUUGUAGAUAAAUUAAAUAAGGCAGAAAUAAAAUUAAAAGAUAUAAUUAGCAAUGUCAUAAAUGGCGCAACAUUUGUUUAAGGAUAGAAUACAGAGAUUAGCAAAUCAAUUCAAAGCAUAAAUGAGUUUUUAAGAAACAGCGAAAUGAAAUAUGCAACAGCAAUUAUUGGAAGCAAAAAUAGAGCAGAUUUGUUAUUAAGAUAAGAAUAAGAAAUUCUUUAGGUAAUUGAAUUAUUAGAGUAAAUAGAAAAAAAUAGAAAAAUGAUUUCUUUCGAUCCCAUCCUACAAGUAGAAGAAAAGAAAAAAAUGGUAGAAGCUUUUGAGUUUAUGAGUGAAAUUUCAAGUUAAGGAGGUCCAUUAAAAGUAAACAAAACUAGUGACUAAACAAUAGCAGAGACUUAUAUAUAGCAAAAUGAAGAUAUAGAACAGCUAAUUAAAGAUUAGGCAGAUAUUAUAGAUACAAUUAAUAAAAAAUUCCUUUAUUUUGAUGCAGUCUUGACUCAAUUAGAAAACAAAAAAUGAAUUUAAAUUUUAUAUCUCAUUGUUUAGUGUUUAUUUGAUAAAUAAAAACUAUUUUAAUUAUUUCUAGGAAAAUAUUUCUUUCUCAAAAAAAAGCAGCAGUAAAAAUAAUAAUUUAAGAAUCAUUUACAGAUUCAUUUUUUUUAUUUUACUUUAAUUGAUACAUACAUGAUUAGAGUAAGAAAUACUCACAUCAGGACAAAUGAUAAAGUAGAAGAUUCUAUUAAUUCUGUGAUUGAUACAAUCAAAUUCUAGUUUAAAACAAUUUUAAAAAGCUUAAUAAAAUUAUCAUUUAAAUAUUAAGCUUAUGUUA